AUGCGGUCGCAUCUAGCACGCAACGCGACGACGACGACACCGAAUGUGUACAGACGACUUCACGCCGCCGUCGGUCAUCAUCAUGGCUUAUUGCGCCCAUGCUCCGCAACAGCCCUCUCUGCCCGUCGUUGUCUCUUCGACUGCCAACAUGACGUCGCGCACAUUCCACGCGACGUUACCCUAUGUACCCGAACCUCCAAGCGGACGUUUAUCAGCCUCUUCACACCGAAGCCCGAACGCUUCGUGAAGCUUCCCCAUUUUGACCCAGGCUACAAUGUGCUUCUCCAGUACAGGAAGAGCGAGGUUGAACAGGAGCGCCCACCUCCACGGGACCAGCUGGUGACGGCAUUCAAGAAGCUAACAAAAUUCAAGGCCGACACCAAUAGACCACUGAAUCCCAAUCAGGCUUUCCUCUUGAGAACGGUGCUACACUACCUUUUGGUUACCAAGCCCGAGGCUGACGCUCCCGUUGACCUCAAAAUGAGCGACCUCGAAAAUGCUAUGGACGCUGCAUUGCUGCCUCCCAAGGGCUCUCCCGAAUUCCACCUUGCGCUAGCCCGGUUGCUGCACGAGGAGAUUAUGCGCAGGAGGCUCAUCUUGUUGAAUCCCGAGGAGCGCAAAGUGCAUUUGACCAAAGAUGACUUCGCGAGAUACAUCAAGGCAUUGACGCAUUACGGAGGCUCCCUGGAAGCAGCAGGUCGAGUGAAAGAGUUUUGGCAACAAUUGAAGGAUGAAAGGAGCGCUGUUAACUUCAGAGGCGCGGGGAGAAUCUGGAUUAUGGUGUUGGAGGGCCUGGCGAACGAGGGUCGGGAAGAGGAACUACUACAGUUUUGGGAGGAGGCACAAGAGACGGGAGGCAUCAAAUACAUCCCGGGCGUGCACCAGAUCUUCGUUACAUACUAUGCGAGGCAGGACAAGAUCGAGGAAACAAAGCAGUGGUACAACAAGCCUAUACACAGCGGUUUCUCUCCCACGGGAGAGACAUUGCUGGAACUGGUGCGAUCAUCACGGCGAUCAAGCCAGAGGUGGAAUGAAUGGCUUUUGCCAGUUUUUGAGCAGGUGGUCCAAGAUAAGUUUGCGAAGAAAGGAUCAUUGGACGCCUUCCUACAAUGGUCCGUCUUAGCUCUGGAUAAGGGGCCAGACGGCAUUAAGACAUACCUCCAGACCAUGGCCAGCGGCGAUUUCUACCAAAGUCAUGAGGUCAAGGUCGAUGCCACUACCAUCAACCGGCUUAUGCAAGCCGCCCAGGAAAAGGGGAAUCCGUAUAUGGCUGAGAGGUUUUGGCAGCUGGCCCAGGACUUCAACAUUAAAGCCAACGUUCACACCUACCUUAACCAAAUGUCAUACCGACUCGACGCCAACGAUAUCGAAGGGGCUCAUCAAAUCUUCUCGAAGCUCGCAUCGGGAGCCGUCGAGGUCGAAUUCGACGAAGACCUGCCCGUAAUGAACAAAUACCUCCGCGUCUUGUGUGCACAGCCGGAACCCAAUAUCCAGCACAUCCUAACCAUCACUUCGGCGCUCGAGCAGCGCCACGCCGUCUUGGAGCCGGAAACCAUCGUUGCGCUUUGCCUUGUCUUCCUCAACCACGACAAGAAAUUCGAUGUAAUCGACACCCUGUCGCUGCACUCCGUCUCCAUCAGCCACAUCGAGCGGCAGCAGAUCUACAAGGCCUUUGUCGACUACAUCUGCUCCCCCCAAACCACGACCGACCGCGCCUGGGACGCCUACUCGCUGCUGCGGCAAUACUUCCCCGAGACGUCGGUCGACGACCGCGUCCGGCUCAUGGAAUCCUUCUUCGAGCGCAAGAAGCCCGACAUGGCGUGCCUCGUGUUCGGCCACAUGCGCGCCCACGACGACGACAACAUGCACCCCACCGCCGACAUCUACGUGCGCUGUCUCGAGGGUUUGGGUCGGUGCCCGAUCCCCGAGCAGCGGCCCAGCGACCCAGCCAGCUCCCUGAAGAUGGUGCACAACAUGCUCAAGAUGGACACGCGCGUGGAGAUGAGCACAAGGCUGUACAACGCCCUGAUGUUGGCGUACGCGGCCGGCGGAGACCCCUUUACUGCGCUGGAUUUCUGGGAGGAACACAUCACUCGCUCGGCCGAGGGCCCGUCGUAUAACAGCUUGGCUAUUGUGUUUUGGUGUUGCGAGCUGAUCCCGCUAGGCGAUCGGUAUGCUAGACCGGUGUGGCAGAAGAUGUUGCGGAUGGAUCUGGAGGUGCCGCAGUACGUUUUCAAUGCGUAUUGCGCGGCUAUCGCAAGGAGUAACGCGGCGUGGGGGAGAAAGAUGGACGAGGUGUUUAAGCUGAUCAAGGGAACUGAUGCGAGCUUGGGGUAUGGGGCUAGUAUGAUGACGCUUGGACUAACCUAUAACGCCCUUCCCGACCCCGUGUCCAAGGACGAGUUCGCGGCCUGGGCAAAGGAAGAGUACCCGGAGGAGUGGGCGAGAUUGGAGAGUAAGGGGCAGAAAGAAACCGAAUUUCAGGGACCUGUGUUCAACAUUACCAGGCUGUUUGAGGCUUGA